CGGCUGAAAACAACCAUGAGUCCUGCCUUCAGCAUCGCUCUUCUCCUGCUCUCCACAACUGUUGUUAAGACUGUGGAGGACUGGACUGAAGAGGAGGAAGAUUUUCCAUCCCAGUUGAAGGGGGAGACAGCUGACCAUCAUGCAGAGGAGAUACUGCAAGCUGAAGAUCUCUGUAGUAGCUGUAAGUCGCUUGUCUCCCAGGUGAAGAAGAAGAUGGACGAUAACACCUCUAAGGAUAAAGUUGCAAAGCUGAUGGACAAUGUCUGCAGUCAAGAGAAGAAUGAACAGGUGAAGGAGGUCUGCAAGAAGAUCACUGGAAAGAUCAAAGACAAACUGAGUGAGACCAUUGCCAACAAGGCAGAUCCAGAAUCUGCGUGUAAAAAAGUAAAACUCUGCCAGAAAAAGCCUCCCCAUACACUGUAGUAAAAGGACUGAAGUGUACCAGUG